UUAUCGUAUUCGGCGACUGGCGUUUGCAUUUCGCACAGAAUAAAAUCGCAUUUAAUUGAAAUUGUUUAAAGAUUUGUUCGUAAUCUUAAAUUUAUUCUAUAUUUUAUACCAUUAUUUGCUUCAAUAGUUCAAUAAUGCCUGCUACCUGUUCUGCACAUGGCUGCACAAAUCGUGCUCAAGCGGGCUCUGGUUUACAUUUUUUCAGAUUUCCAAUGAAUGAUCAACACAAAUUAGAAUUGUGGGUUAAKGCAGUUGGCCGUAAAGGUUUUAUACCCAAUAAAAAUAGUAGGUUAUGUCAUGAACAUUUCAAUACUACAGAUUUUUAUCAAAAUCCUGGCGGGAGCUACAAAUUGAGAUUAAAAAGUGAUGCUGUUCCAUCAAUUUUUCAACUGUCAAUUCAUUCGACAUUAAUUCCUACCAAACUAUUCUGUAAUGGACCACCUCUAAAAAAAAAGAGAUCAGAUAAUCCUGCGACAGAAUUAUGUACUAUAAGUGAUGAAACAUAUCUAAAAACUGAAGAUUUAGUUGUUGAAGAAAUUGUUGACAAUGAUUUUGAAUUUGAACAAGCUAUACCACUGUUAACAACACCAUGUUAUGCUUCGUGUUCUCUCAUUAAUGAUACAAAUCUAACAAGUGAAUAUCAAGAUUUAGUUAUUGAAGAAGUUGUUGAUGAUGCAUUUGAACAAACUAAAGUGUUAUUAAGAACACCAUCUAAAUUUAAAUGUAAAAAUAGAAUAAUGUACACAGCAUCUCCACAAAAAUGUAUUGCUAAGUCAACUCCUACCAAGUUAAAUAAGAAAAUUAAGUUAUUGCAGCAAAAAAUCAGGAGACAAAACAAAGUUAUUAAUAAGUUAAAAGACUUAUUAAAAAAUUUAACAAAUCAAGAUMCAUCCUAAGGUUGCCUCAUAUAUCAGCUAUACAAAACUGGACCAGCUCAAUCAAUGGAAACCCUGGAUUUUUAAUUGAAGUUUGUCAUGUCUUAAAAAUUUACCAAMAGUUGAUAAAGAUUGCAAUUUAGUGUUUGAUGUAAUUUCCAUAAAGAAACAAAUUGUAUGGGACAAACAACUUGAUAAAUUUGUUGGUUUCUCUGAUUAUGGAAAUGAAUUAGAUUUAGAAGGAAAUAAUACGCCAGCAACUGAGGUCUUAGUUUUCAUGUUAGUCAGCUUGAAUGGGAAAUGGAAAUGUUCUGUAGGUUAUUUCUUUCAAAAUAAAAUAAAUAGUUCAACUCAAGCAGAGCUUAUAAAAACAGCUUUAACAGUCGCACAUGAUUCAGGUCUUAGAGUUUGGGGUAUAACAUGUGACGGGGCAUUUGUUAAUUUUUCAACAAUGAACAUUUUAGAAUGUAAGUUUGAAAAUGUAAAUGCUUAUGUUAAUAUAAAAUGUUGGAUUGAUCAUCCUGUUACACUUUGGGAAAUGCAAGAGUAUUAUUCGAAAGAACAAUUAAUUGGAAUUAUUUUGAAAAAUUAUACGAAGUUCAAACAAAUCUUACAUUAAAGUUAGCCAAUAAAAUAAAUCAAAAUCAAAUUAUGAGGCAUCAGAAUAAAAUGAAGGUUAAGUUGGCGGCACAAAUGUUAAGUAGUUCUACAGCAGACGCAUUACUUUUUAAAAAGAUAUUUGUAUGCAAGGGUUUCAAAAUGUAGAUGCAACAGUUAAAUUUUGUCGAACUUUAGAUCAUAUUUUUGAUUUUUAAACUCCAGAAAUCCUUUUGGUAAAGGAGUUAAAUGCCUCAUUACCUCUUCAAACAUUUCAAAUUUAGAGUCUGUUAUUAUACCAUUAGUAAACUAUCUAUUUGCGUUUAAAGUAAAAAAUAAAAAUAACACUGUAAGUUUUAAAUAGCUAACUGCUAAAUAAUCAUUUGUAAUUGGUUUUGCAGUAACAAUUAAGUCAUUAUUUUCAAUAGCUAAGUUAAUAUUUAAUCAAAAUCCAAUUUAUAAAUAUAUAUUAACUUAUAAGUUCUCACAGGAUCAUAUUGAAAUAUUCAUUUCCAUUAGCAUCCAAUCACUACUUUUAAGUCAAACUUCUAUUGAUCAUGCUUAUCCUGUACCUCAGUUGUUUACUAAAUUAACUUCUUUAAAAAACCUUGGUGGCUUAUUUUUAUCUUCAGAGAGUUCAUAUAAAGUAAUUAUAGAGACAGAGAAAUACUAUUUGUAUUUAACUAAUAACUUAAAACAGAUCAUUGUACCCGAUUUACCUAAUAAAUUUGAAUUGAAUUUUAGUAUUUUUAAUAGCUUAAAUUAUGAAAAUGUGGGUUUAUUAGACAGGCAUCAUAAAAUAUUUUUAAUCACCUAUCUUAUAAAGAGAUUUUUAAGCGUUAGAUUGCAAUMAUAUGGUAAACAAUUUUUUAUGGUCAGUCAAAGACAGAAAUUAACAAAAACAAUAUUAUUUUAUAAU